GGCGGAUAAGAAAAGCUGCCAUUAAGUUCCCCCUCUCCCACCGCGACUGUCCUAAGUUUAUUCAGUGUCAGUGUUACAUGGCGUAUUAAUAUCGACGAAGCAUGUUUGUGAUUGAGCACAGACUUUAGACAGAAGCUGACGUUUACGAGUGUCCGCCCGCUGUCCUGAGCGCCACGAUGAUCUCCUGGAGAGGUUUGCUCCACCUUCUUGCAUGGGCAUGCCUGCUUUCCCGUAAGCCUGCGAACUGCGCGGAUAUCCCGGAAAAGCCCGAGAACCUGACCUGUGUGGCCGUUCAGGUGAAAAACAACGAAAUCUCUCCGACCAUCGGCUGUACCUGGGUGCCAGGGACACGGGGGAGCCGGGAUUUGAACACAAACUACACGCUGUUUGCUGAAGUGGUGUUAGUCGGUCUGAAGAGGGCUGUGGCAAAGCAAAACAACAGUUGCGAAAUCACAUUAGACAGUUACCCCCAUCAUAUGAUACUGAAUAUUUGGGUGGAGGCGGAGAAUGACCUCGGCAAAGUUGAGUCUGAACACCUGAGCGGAGAUGCUGACUUUAUCGUGAAAACAAGUCCUCCAUCAGACGUGAAAGUCUUUUCUGAGAAGCAUUUUCCCACCUCCCUUCUAAUAAACUGGACUCAUCCUAUUGCUGCAGAGUAUCUGAAAUUGAUAUAUCAGAUCAGAUACUGCUCAAGUGGAUCUUCAACGUGGACUCAUGUACCUCCUGUGGACACUGCUAAGUACAUACAGUCUUUUAGACUCCAGUACCUCCAGCCAGACACAGUCUAUGUCAUUCAGGUGUCCUGCAAGAAUAUGAGAGAGGGCCAUGGCCACUGGAGCGACUGGAGUGCCAAUGUUACCGCAAGAACCCCAGAGGACAAGCCGAUGAGUAAACCAGAUCUAUGGAGAGUCAUCACUCCAGGGGACAGCGCACAUGAACGGAAAGUGCUGUUUAUUUGUAAGAAUCCUGUAUUGUCCAACGGAAAGAUCAGAAGUUUUGACAUAAGGGUUCAAGGCACCAAGUGGGAAAACGUUCUGGUCAACGGUUCAGAUUCAGAGUCUGACUACGACUCCAGUCAGAGGAAGACUACUCAUCUCAAGCAGAUUGUCCUGUCUGACAGGAGAAUGGGUUAUGUUGAAGUUAUCGCCCAUAAUUCUGUGGGGAAGUCUCCCAAGGCGUUGUUAGUGAUCCCCAAAGCAUCACAGGAGCUCUCUCCAGUGGAGGGGCUCAAGUCGUGGAUCCACAGUGGCCGGCUGUGGCUGGAAUGGCGACCCCCGAAUGUACCAGCCGGGGGAGAUGCUCACAAAUACACUGUGACAGAGUAUGUGGUCGAGUGGGCCAGUGGUGCGCAGAGAGACUGGCAGAGGGAGUAUGCAAACACCACACAAACUGUCAUCAGAGGCCGCCUUGAGAAGUAUAAGCGCUACAUCAUAUCUGUGUAUGCAUUAUUCUCUGGAUGGACUGGGAAGCCUGUAACUGUAGAAACCUUUGUGGAGCAAGGAAAGCCAUCGAAGGGCCCCGCUGUGAGACUGAAUGGUAAUCCAGGGAGCACUGAGGCAGAGCUGGUGUGGAACGAGAUUCCCCAGGACGAACAACAUGGCUUCAUUACAAACUACACCAUCUUCUACUCAACUGGCACUGAAGAGCAUGCUAUACCAGUGUCAGCUGACACCUACUCAUACCGUCUGAAAUCACUGUCCAGUAAAACCAGUUACAAGGCCUGGAUCCAGGCAUCAACCAUAGCAGGGUCAUGUAAUGGCACACAACAUUCAUUCAUCACUUUGAAAUACGCACCGAAGGAGAUCGAGGGCAUUGUGGUAGGAGUUUGCUUUGGAUUCCUUUUUUUGGUUCUGCUGGUUGUGCUUCUCUGUAUCUACAAAAGAGACUCUAUCAAGAAGACAUUCCUGCCUCAGAUCCCAAACCCUGGAAACAGCAGCAUUGGAACCUGGUCUCCCGAUUUCCCUUCGAAAGCGGAUAUGCCCAGGGAAAGCGCCCUGGCCGAUGUCAGUGUGGUUGAGGUGGAUUUGUUUGAUGGGAAGUCUGUGUUUGAGGAAGACAAGGCCUGCCUGCCUCUGAAGAAGGAUAAAUAUCUGUCUGAGGAGCACAGCAGCGGCAUCGGAGGUUCCUCUUGUAUGUCUUCGCCUCGCCAAAGUGUGUCAGACAGUGAUGAGGGUGGCGACUCCAGUGAAACUACAGCCAGCACUGUCCAGUAUUCCUCAGUGGUGGCCUGCAACGGCUACAAGGGUCAAACCCCAAGCUGCUUGCCUCAAACCAACUCACAGCCCACCUUUUCCCGGUCUGAGUCAACCCAGCCCCUGCUGGACUCCGAGGAGAACCCCGACAUGCCCAGGCAGGAGAGCAGCAGACUGUUGCACCUUUUCCCCCUCAACCCUCAGCCCAGACACAGCGCAAACUUUGCAGACAUGGACCAGUUGGAGGUGGAGGAUCAUGGAGGGCUGCUGUCGCUCAGGUUCAGCGCCCUGGAGGAGGACUCUCUGCAGACUGUACCUACAGAGGAAGGCCAGUCGUCUGACUGGCAGCAAGCAGCACCAGUCUCCAACUACAUGUCUCAGACAGCUGGCUACCGGCCACAAUGAAAAGGGAACGCAUAAUAUUUGCUGUAAAAUCCUAAUUAAUUUCAACUGUUCAUUUCAAAUUAUGGUUUGAAAACCGUCCUUAGUAAUGUAUGAGAAUUUCUUUUGCACUUACCAAAAUAUAAAUAUACCCGAAUGCCUUCAUACAUUACUUUUAAAUGUUUAUUGUUCUUUGGAGCUUGUACCAGUAGUCUUGCUGGUUUUACACUACUUUGCUAGAUUUUAUGGGUAUGUCUUCAUAUUAAGACAAAAUACUUUUUUGCACAAAAAUGGAAUGAAAUUACACAGGUUCCCUCAAACAAGCACUGCUAGUGCAAACAGAUGCUGACAGAGGGCUGUUACAGUCCAGUUUAAAACCUUUAACGUUAUGCUUCAGUGUUACUGCCAUGAGAACUUACUAACCACACUAUUAAACAUGAAAUGCAAAUGAUGUAUCAUAUAGUCAUGUAGUAUGUCAGAUUGUCAACGGCUGUAAAUACAGGCAUGUAUUGCAUAAUUUUGUUCUUUUUUUUUUAAUCAGUGAUUAUAAAAACUGCAUUUUUAUUGCUGUUUUGGAGAAAUGCUCUGGGUUCAUUGCCACAAGUGUAACAAUGCAGUCAACUUGUUUUGGAGCUGUUGUUGAAUGCUGCAUAUCUUCUAACACAAAACUUUCUGGGAGUGUUUUCUGUGCCGGGACAAAAGGGGAAGCACAUUUGUGAGUUAUCUUUAGCCUCUGGCUGAAAAAACAAAAUCCUGCUUAAAAAAAAAUGUUUGAGCAGACCAGACAAUUAUGUAGGCCUGCCAUCCUGGCAUGCAGAAACAUAAUGAUUUUGUGAUUUGGUAAAGUGUGCCAUUUUUGCCUUCAACAAGGACCAGGAUUCUUUUUUUUCGUGGGCUGCAGAAAAUCUGCACUGAGAGUAAAGUUACACUAAUGAAAAGGAGAAUUGUUGCUAAUUAUUUGAUUAACACUGCUUUCCCUGAACAGAGGAAAAAGUCUGGUAUUUCACUACAUAUCCAUAGUUAAGGAUGUCUUUUUGCUGCAUGGCUGUAAAUUAUUUUAAUCAAAUAUGAAAUAAAUAUUUUAACUAAUGCUUCUUGA